GGGACAACCGGUGGCGCAGUACUUAGAGCCUGGGAAGAUAGCGCGCGGCCACGAGGAGCUGCGUGGUUACCUGUUGCGAUGUCUUUCGACCCGGAGAGCAAGAUUCUGCGCUCGGCGUAUUCGCCGAUGCCCAUCCCCAAGGGACUCACCUACAGUCGCCUCAUGGUCAACGCACUGUCCAAGCACGGGGACUCGGUCUGUCAGAUUGGUGCAGUGAGCGGCCGGCGACAGACGUACCGCGAGGUUCUGCAAGCCAGCUACAGGUUGGCAUGUACCCUGCAGCGGCUUGGCCUCCAGCCGGGCGACUUGGUGGGCGUGCGUUGCGGACUCAUCCUAGAGUUCCUCGUCACUGCGCUGGCGGUCAUCCGAGCUGGAUGCACGCUGCUGUCGGUGCGCGGCGAAACAAUUCGAGAGUUCAAGUACCAGCUGGAAGAUGCCAAGCCGUCGUUAGUAUUUGCGGAGCCAGAACACUGUCCAAAGAUGCUUGAAGCUGCCAAGGGACUCAAAAACUUCAAGGGCGUCGUGUCUUACGGCGACUGCGAAGGGUGCAAGUCGUACGAAGAGUUGGUGGCCGAAGGCGAAGCGCUCACUCUUCGCGAGCCUGUCCUGGACCCCCGUGAAGCCGUCAUGGUGAUCACCUACUCGGGGGGCACCACUGGGACGCCGAAGGGCGUCAUGCUCACACACCACAACUUCGUCGCUACUCAGAUCAUGUGGGACGCGUGGACGGCCACGCUGCCAGUAGCCAAUGCCCGCGUGGUGCGCCCAGUGACGCUGGACUGGAUGCCACCUGUGCACCUGUCAGGCAUUGUCACAGUUCUUGGGAACUGCCUUAGAGGCUGCACGCAGGUGCUGCUGUCCUCCACGGAGACUGAGGACAUAUUCGCUGCCAUCGAGAAAUAUCGCAUAACACACGUGCCGCUCAUGCCUACACGCCUGAUGACACUGGCAAACAGCCCCCUGGCUUCUAAGUACAACUUGACCAGCUGGACGAGCGCCGGGCUCGGUGGAGGCGUCUUGCCGGCUUCCAUUAUAGAAGAUUUCAAAGAGAAGUUCAAGCUGGACCACAUUUACUUCGGUUACUCCAUGACAGAGUUGACUGGUUUCAUGACGAUGCCUACGACAAACUCAGAAUCGAUAGGGGCUCCUUUCCCAAUGACAGAAAUAAAAAUCGUCGACAUCGACACCAAAGAGUCGGUGGGUCCCAACGAAGACGGCGAGAUUUGCGCCCGAGGUCCUCAAGUGAUGAAAGGUUACAUCAACAACAAGGAAGCCACCGACCAAACGAUCGAUGCUGACGGCUGGCUGCACACAGGGGAUGUGGGCCACUUCGAUGAAGACGGCAACGUGUGCGUGGUGGAGCGAGUGAAGGACCUGAUUCGCUGCCUGGACGUGCACGUGGUGCCGGCCGAGUUGGAGGAGCUCCUGCUGAGCCACCCGGCUGUCGCCGAGGCGCUCGUUGUGGGCAUCCCGCACCAGCAGAUGGGCGAGGUUCCCAGGGCCUUCGUCGUGCUCGCCCAGGGCGUCAGCGCUGACGACGCACUCGCGCAAGAGCUGCUUCUGCACGUCUCCGAGCAAGUGGAGCACGCAAUGCAGCUACAUGGUGGCCUGGAGUUCGUAUCCGACCUUCCAAAGACUCCAACGGGCCAGUAUCUUCGCCGGGAACUACGGUCGAACUUCCUGCGACAGCACAGGACUGCUUAGUUCAACGCACCCGAUGCCCGCCAAGGAGACCCUGGCCUAGCUACUACCGUCCACAAUGCAGCGCCGCCAAUAAACGUCACUUCAACAUCCCUA